UUAGUCUGUGUUUGUCGGGUCUCAAAGUCGAGUUCACGUGUCUUAUAAUUAUAAUAAAGACUGUUCAUUUGAUCCACUGAUUCGUCCAUCUUUUGGUAUGUAAAUCUCUAUAAAUAUAAGAGCUUUUCAAAUAAUAAUUAAUAAAAAUAUUAUAAUAAUUUAAUUUGAAACAGCUGAAUUGUGUAUUUUGUGUUGAGAUUUAGAAAGUUUUUAACAUUCUAUUUACAGUAAUCUAUAAAUAGUAAAAGAGAAGGAAAUCUAAAACACAACUCAUUUGUUCCUUCUGUUCCCAGAUAAAAUUAAAUAUGGAAUUGUCAGGUGAGUUUUGGGGUGUCUUGACUGCAACAAUAACUUUGUGGAGGCGAGAUGUGUAGAUAUGAAGACAUAUAGAUUUAAUUGUAUAAGGGGUUUGAUACACACAUGAUAUGUUUCACUAGAGAUCGCAGCAAUGAUUCCUUUCCCAGGCCUGCUCCACUGCUCUUCACACCUGGAGACCUUGACCAUUGUCAGAUAAGACUGGAGAUGCUUCUUAAAAAUAAUAGCAAUGCUCAUAACUGCGUGUUAUUCUGACUUGCUCGAUUUUCACUUCAGGCAGCCGUUAAUUUUACUGUAUUUUAGAUGGAUCAACUGUUUAUCUGCAAAGAAGAAACAACAGAUGAAUGUCUUGCUGAAGUAUGCUGUGGAGUAAAGCCUGUCGACAGAUACAUUGUGAAGGAUCGCCAUGGGCACAAGGUCUUCAGUGUUCUCGAGGACAGUGAUUGUUGUGACAGGCAGUUCCGUGGAGGUGCACGUCCUUUCAUAAUGAAGGUUACCAACGUCUCAAAUCAAGAGCUUCUCAGACUGGUUCACCCAUCUGUUCACUGCUGCGGGAGCCAUGAGCUGGAAGUUCAGUCUCCGCCAGGCAGUCCCAUCGGAUAUGUUCGACACAACUGCCAUGUUUUCAUGCCGAAAAAAUUCACUCUUGAGAAUGAACGAGGCCAGCCGCAAUUUAGGAUUGAGGGACCGUGUGUAAACUGUGACUGCUGUGAAGAGGACAACUUUGAGCUGAUGACUUUGAAUGAGGAAAACGAGGCAACAUCACACAGAUCAGUUGGAAACAUCAUCAAAUCUUUCUUAGACAGUGGACCAAAUAAAGGGCAGCACUUCGUCCUGAGCUUUCCAAGCAACCUGGAUGUCAAAAUGAAAGUUACUGUACUGGGAGCAUGCAUACUCAUUGUUUCCAAAUAUAACGACAGGAAAUCAAGGAUACCGCUCUGGCUCACCUGCUUAUCUAUGGCAUGCACUUGCUGGAAAAUUUACUAGGCAGGUCUUUGCCCCAUCCAACAAUUUCAGCAAACAUCUCAAUGUGAAUUAAGAAAUAAAAUUUGCAUAUGUAAAGAAUGACAUCUUGGCCAUGCACCUAUGCUAUUGUAACUGAAGUCCUCCCGGUCGUGACUAAAGCAUAUUCAGAGAUAAUAGGUUUGUUUGAUUGGCUGCCGUCUGAAAAAAGCAAUUAAUUCUGGUUAGAACAUUUGUCCGACUUUGAGCUGCAGCUGCCUUACGAUCAUAUCUCGGAAGCCAAAAAAGCAAAAAAAAAACCUCACACUAUUUAUGAAAAAUGGCCCCCAAUCGAGCAUGGUUUAUCCCAAGGUUUUUUUCUCCAUUUUCACACAGAUGAAGCUUUGGUUCCUUGCCGCUGUUGCCUCUGGCUUGCUCAGUUGGGGACAUUUGAUUUCUAAGUGUCGCCGAUUUGUUAAAUAAAUUUUCGGCAAAAGUUUUUUAUGAAACAUAAAUGACUACUUAACAGAGAAUACAAUUUGUUCUGAAACAACUGAAAUUUGUUCACAAUUUGCUUACUGUAAAGUUGUUACUUUGAGGAGUAUGGAUAACCUAACAGCUGACUUCCAUAAUGUUUUUUUCUCCACACUAUGGGAUUUCAAUGGCUCCUGUCAACUGUUUGGUUAGCCACUGUAAUGCAGAGUCAGAGAUGUUUGGCUCCAUGUGCUAGCUCUUUAUUUAGAGUGGUCGAACAGGCAAUAGGUCAACAGUAGCGUCAGGGACAAGACAAGGGCAGAAUCUAUAAACAGGCAGAGAUCGAGACAGGCAGCAAGUAUCAAAGUCAUUAAGUCCAGGUGUCAUUGGGCAGGCAGCAUUCAAACACAGAAUCGAGAAACAGUCGAAGGUAGUCUCAGGGAAAUCAAUAGGAAGAAAUUAACUCUUAGAAUUACCAGCAGAGCAAGGAUAAGACUUUGCACUAAGCAUGAGUCAGGGCACAGUUUAAAUAGCCGGCGUGAUGGGAAGCACCUGGGCCGGCAAUUGGUCCAAGGUGUGGAGCAUGAUGGAAAAUGUAGUUCCUUGCGGGUAGUAUCUGGGAGAAGGUUCCCUCCGGUGGCCGUUGGUUCAUGAUACCCACAUUCCUCAAAGUAUCUAAUGUGUUCGGCAAACAAAAAGGAAUUCAUGCGGGUUUGGAACAACUUUUCAGUAAGCAAGUAAUGAAUACAUUUUUAAAUCCUGCCUUAAUAGUUCACAUAGUAUUUUUAUACAAGGUUAUAUAUUCAGUUAAGAGAAAGACUGCAUUUGUUUUGCUCCAAACAAGUGGCUUUUGCAAAGAUAUUUUCCUAGAUUAUAGAAAAGGAUGUUACAGAAUAAUAAUUUAAUUUAAUGAUAAUUUAAUAAUUAACUGAAUAAUGAUAUUUUUUGAAAACUGACAUCCUACACGUUCUCCCACAUCGCAUCACAUAUCGUAAAUAAAAGCCAUUAAAUGAGCACAUAGUAUUAUUUUAAUGAAUUCCCUGUUAACAGUAGGCAUACAUGCUUCUGUUUUUUGUGUGCUUUCAAAAUUUUUUAUUAACACACAGUUGCGUGAGACACAUUUAUAUUUACAUAUAUUUUUACAAUAUUGUUUCAUGUACUCAGUGGUUACUGUAUACAUAUUCAAGAGAAGAACAUACACUCAGUUAUUUUAAUCAGUCUAAAGCUUUAAGUCAGUCAUUACAAAUAUCUUAAAGAAAAAAAGUUUU